AUGCAGGCACAAACACAUUACGGGAAUUUUAUAAUUACCAUGCAAGGUGGCGUGUUCACGAUAUACUGGACCAAAUGCUGCAUCGCUGAAAGCAAAAAUUGUCAAUCUUAUCCAAGGAGGCACCUGCUAUGUACCACUGAUCCGAAGUGA